AUUCCACAUUGCCGCCGCAAUAUGGCGGCAAUGCAUGGAAAAGGGUUUGUACGUAAACUGUCAACACUGUUAACAAUACACGAGGGCGCAUUGAAGCUGGAAAAUCAUGCAAAAUGCCAGGGUCUGUCUGUUAUGCACGUAAAGAAAGGAAAAAGUAACAUUCUUGGAGAAUACGAAGAGUAUACUGGAUUUUACUGGUAAAUUAAAAUAUGUACACCUGUACCAAUUGUGGAGCAGAGGUGGCGGAAUUAUACAGACGUUACAGCCCGAGUGUUUUAAAAGUUCUGAAAUGUAACUCCUGUGGGAAUUUGGCAGACAAGUACAUCGAGUACGAUCCAGUAAUCGUUCUUUUGGACUUGGUUCUCCUCCAGAAAGCAGCUUAUCGACAUUUGAUAUACAACAGCAGCUUCAAAUCUUACUGGAAGUUGAUGGUAGUGCUGAUUCUGGGGGAAUCUUUUGAAAAGUGGUCGGCUGUCGGCUCGCCGAGUGAAGCUCCCUCCAUGCCUUCAUCGCCGACUCUAUUUCCGUUUGACGUUGUCCAAGGCAACGACGUCUUCGAGGGAGAGCGGAACUUGUACAUUUUGUUGGUGCAAACGGCCCUGUCGUUGGGCGCCUUCGUCGGCACAGUGAUUCUGACGACGGAACUCGGAUGGGUCUUGUUCGGCGGAAGGCCUCGGAAGUACAGGACAAGUGACUUGGUCCGAGCUCUGAUAAUUGGCGGCUGUCCGAAGUUACUGGGCCUAUUGGGAAUCGUCUGGCACCAUGUCUCGCCCGACUUACACAACGCCCUCAUCCACGGAUACGGGGCUUUGUGCCUGCUGACCGCCUAUUCAGUGGUGAGCGAGCGCGGAAGGAGCGGCUCGUUGAUGGUGCUGGUCUUGGGCUUUUUGGCACACAGCUGCGUCUCGAACGAGCUGUUCUCCCUGUCCCUGCCGCUGCUUCUACCCCUGUAUCUGCCAUUACCACUGCCAUUGCCAUUGCCAUUGCCGUCGACUUCCAACGUCACGUGGGCGCAAAUGUGACGCGAAACGACGACGGGGGACGGCGGCCUCA